AUGAAGCUUUUGACUUUUAUAGCUGCAGCUGUGGUGACAGCGUCGGCUGAUUUCCAAAGCUAUAGCUCGGGAGGGCACGGUUUUGGAGGAGGAGGUUCGGGAGCAGCCUUUGGAGGAGGCUCCGGCUCAGGAUUUGGAAUCAGCUCAGGUUUUGGAGGAGGUUCCAGUUCAGGAUUUGGAGGAGGCUCAGGCUCAGGAUUUGGAGGAGGUUUUAGUUCAGGAUUUGGAGGAGGUUCAAGUUCAGGAUUUGGAGGAGGUUCAAGCUUUGGUUUUGGAGGAGGUUCAAGCUCAGGUUUUAUCUCAGGAGGAUGCGGUCCUGGACAGGUGUUCCAUGCUGGCAGAUGUGUCACUCCACGAGAGAACCGCAAAGUCUACUUGUACAACGCACCACCUGCACCUCCAGUUCCCCACGGUCCUCCUCCAUACAUCCCUGAGCCAACCAUUGAUACGAAUAUCGUGUUCAUCCAAACACCUGAAGAAGGUCCAGGACCAGAACCUAUCGUCAUACCUCCACCACAGACUCGAAGCGUCGUCUAUGUCCUCAACAGACAGACACCAGAACAACAGGAUGUGAUCGAAGUCCCAGCGCCGCCAGCAACCAGUCCUGAAGUUUACUUCGUGAACUAUGCUGACGGCGAGAACCCAGUUCUUCCGAGCGGUGUCGACCUUCAGACUGCCUUGAAUACGGCUUCCCAGGGUGGCGGUCAAGUGAUUGGAGGAGGCGCUGGAGGCGGCGCUGGAGGUUUCGGAGGCGGCGCUGGAGGAUUCGGAGGCGGCGCUGGAGGUUUCGGCGGUGGUUUCGGAGGAAGUGGAGGAGGUGUUAGUUUUGGAGGCAGCGGAGGAAGCGGUGGUUUUGGAAGCAGUGGUGGGUUUGGCGGAUUUGGAAGUGGAGAUAGCGGGGAAUUCGUUGUAAGUGGAGGUGGCGGUGGAUUCAGUAGUGUAGGUGGAUUAAGUGGAGGCUCCCCUUCCAACGUUUAUACAACACCAUAAAUCUAACUGUUCUGGUAUUUCAGUUAUGUUAUAUUUUUCAUCUAACAGAACAAGUAUGCAGUAUUCCAAAGUUGUUUAUGUUGUACACGUUGAAAUAUGAAAUAUAUGUGUAAAUUGUUUUAAU